AUGGAGUCCGCCGCGCGGGCAGCCCUGCUGCUAAAAUCCUCGCGUUGGGCGGCGCAUCCUGUCUUCCAGCGGUGGCUGCGGAAAGCGGAGAAGCACAUCGCAUCCAUGGCGGCGUGGUUCGUCCGACCUAAUAUUGAGCAGAACGGAUGGAGAAACGACGCGGUUCACGCGCAUAGGCGGUACUUAACAGGCACAGCUCUCGGCUUGGCUGGGCUUCUAACGGACAACGAAACCCUAAUUCUGAAAUCGUCCGAAUACAUCCGAAGCGGACUAGAGAUGCAGGAUCCAGCAGGUUUUAACCACGAGAGGCAAGGCUACGACUGCAGCUAUCAAGGCAUAGGGUUGGUCUACGCGGCUCGGUACUAUCUCUACGUCGCGCCGCACAUACGAAACGGUUCAGAUUCAGAGGAGAUUAGAUCGCGUCUGCUGGAGGCCGGGCGGCGCGGCGUGGACUGGCUGGUGACGCGGGUGGAUGAGCGCGGGGUGCUGAACGCGACGGGCAACACGCGCACGGGAAGCGCGCAGGAGCUUGGGCGCAACGGAAAGCCCAAGGCGUUGGCGCGCAAGGACGUGUUUCACGCGCUGCUGUACUGGAGCUGGGUGCUCGGCGAUCCCGAGGUGGAGCUCAUCGCGUGGCGCGUGGAGUGGGAGAGAACCAGGCGGGUGGUGGGUUUUGAGGUGUACGGUAUAGCGUUCAUUGCCCAUGAACUGGGCUGGAGAGGCGUGCAAGGGUGUGUUUCACGCCCGCUGUAUUGGAGCUGGGUGGGUGCUCGGUGGGUGCUCGGCAAUCCCAAUGUCAACAUCGCCCGCAGCCCGCUAUACAAGAGAUGCGAUUCUAACGUGGAAAUGGUGAAGGAUGCUCUUUUGAUUCAGGGAUUGGCAGGCACUGGGAAGGUUGGAGCAGGGGUAACAGCAGGGAAGCAGUUGUUGCAGCUGUGGGAGCUGUAG